AUGCCGCAUAGUAUAAGAACGCCGUAUCGUGUACCGUGUCGUAUCGUCGCCGGUGCCCGCGACGUAUAAUAUCAGAGCAGGCCCCUAAUUCAUCAUAAUAAAUACGUGAUUUUUUCAAAUGGCUAUCGCGCGAAAGUUUCCCUGAAAAAGCCUCGUCGCGACGUCGUUCCCCGACGACGUCUUCCUAACGUUUGCCCCCUGGCCCUGACGAGAGAAUCGGAUUUAGGAGUGGGGUUACGCGGCUCGUGUUUUCAUAAGAGAACACGAGCACGAGCACAUUAUAGUGACACGUAUAGAUUUCAUUUGCAUACCGGCCGCGGAUCCGGCGAUAACGCGACAUAUGUUCCGUUGAUAGCGCGAUAGCUGACGUACAAGACGGAAAAGACGGAAAUAGUUAUGGGAAUCGACGGUAUGAGGGUCGGCGGAGGUAGAUGCCCGCCUCUCCUGGUCGGAGGACUUCUACUGGCGUGCCUCAUGCUCAUCUGUAACUGGUGGACCCUCUCGUCCGAGAACCUGGAGCUCGUCAGGCAGAUCGACGAUCUGAACGAGCAGCUCAAGAUCAGUGCCGAAGAGAGGGAUCAAUGUGUGACAUUGCGCGGUAACUUGGAACAAAGGUAUAAGCAUACAGAGGACGAGUUGGCUACGUUACAUGUUCGCUUGGAACAGCAAAUUGAUCUUAAAAAGAAAAAUGAUGAGCUCGAGGAUUCUGUUACUGUGUGCAAAAGUGAGCUGGACUCAUUAGCCAAACUGGAUGCCACUAAAACCGCGACGCUAGAAACAUUGAGAUUAGAAAAGGAGACGAUUAAUACUCAAUUAGAUGUGAAGCGGAAUGAAUACAAGGAGCUUCAGGAGGAAGUAUACAGACUGAAAGCAGAGAUGGACCAACUUAAGCUUAGUUGUACUUUGCCAUCUGAGAAGAAAGAGACUCCGAAUCUCCAGCCACCAAUGACAGUGGUUCCUAACAAGCCUCAGUUGCAUCUGAUAGCGGAGCCUGCUGUAAGAGUAUCCGUAGCUGGUCGGCGAGGUUUGAUGUUCCACGGAAUUCCGAUCCUACCAUCAGACCCACCCGGUGCUGUGCGCCAAACUCCUCGUUUCUCAGUGACUAUGUUGAAGAAAGUUGAAACGGAAUCGAAACAAGUCAAUGGCACGUCGAACGAUGCCGCAGAACAGGAUAUCGCAAUCGCCGACAACUUGGAAGAUCCUGAGAAUCGUGCACGUGAUAACAAUGCAGAUGACAUUCAAAAUACAGAAGAGACUAUGCUACUUCCAGACAAUUACGGAGAAGAGGAAAAAAUGCAAGGUAUGACAAAGAAACCUGGAGAUAAAAAUAUAUGAUAUACCCAUGCAAUAUAUAUAUUUUAAAAGAGAAUAACGCAAUUUUGCUAAAAAAGAAACUUUAAUUUGGUUAAAGUUAUAGUUACAUAUAUAAAUAUUAGCUGAUGUCAUUAUAUCUCACACUAUAUCAUACAAAGUAUAUUUUACUCAUUUCAUUGUAUCAUACUUAAUUGUUUGUGAUACAAGAAUUUUUUUAUGUAUACAUUAUUAUUUUAAAAGCAUGUACAUUUUUAAUAAUCUUUUUACAUUAUUAUGAGGAUGAAAAACUACAAAGUAAUGUACAUAUGUGCCAAAAUAAGUUUAUUCUGCUUUUUGAUACGCAUAUAUUUGCAAAUAUAUAUGGAAUUUUUGUGCAAUAAGUGAAUCGAUUGUGAUCGUUUAAAGAUCUGAGAAUGAAUGCAAAAGCAUUACCAAUAUUUGAUAAGAAAAGACAAAAUAUCUUGAAUGAUUUUUUAAUAAGCCAUGUUUUGUGUCACUUGAAAAAAGUGAUAAAACUAUGUAAUGAACUGUGAAUGUUUUAUAUAAAAAUAUAAAAUCGGA